AUGACCAAGCGCAAGGCUUCACAAACCGGCUCGACCUCCAAGCGCCAGCGCGCUGCAGAAUCCGGCGAGGAAAAAGCCGGAUCUGGAGUUCCUGGAAGCGUCAUAGAUAUUUGCAAAGAAAUCAAUGCAGAUGAGAGUUCCGGAUCUGAGGAACAACAAUCACCGAUCUGGGUGGUGACUCUUCCAACCACGGCCGAAGAAGCCGGCGAGGAAGACGAAGCCGCCGAGGAAGAAGAUUCUGGAGAGGAAGAAGAAGCCGUCGAGGAAGAAGAAGCCGUCGAGGAAGAAGAAUCCGGAGAGGAAGAAGAAGCCGGCGAGGAAGAAGAAUCCGGAGCGGAAGAAGAAGCCAGCGAGGAAGAAAACUCCGAAGAGUCCGCCGGUGAAGAUGAGGAUGAUUUGUCAACUACAGUACAAUGGAAAUACCUACGAAAAGGUAUGGAGCAAAUAAAACACAAGGUCAACAUUACGGGCAAGGAGAACAUUAUUGAAAUCAUAAACGAUGUUUUAAAGGGUGACAAUGUAUACCUUGAGCUGCAAGAGUCUGUUUUCAGCGAUUUCCUAAAACUGCUAUCCCGCAUAUCACGAUCAGGCCAAUGCCUGCAUUUCAUGAUAUCAAGACAGAUAGCAGGACAAUCAAAUCCGGAUGAGACGGCGUUGUUUUUUAUCGUGGAUGACUAUGUGACGAGGUUUUCCAGGAUUGAGUUUUUUUUUAUGACAGGAUUGAAAUUUGGGUCAAGCAACUUUAACCCCUAUGCAGAUCACAUCAUACUUGAGAAUUCUUUUUAUCAGAGAGUUCUUGGCGGUAGGGAAAUUUCCCCCAACAAAUUGAGGGAGAUGUUUAUGACCCGAGGUUUGGGUGAGCAUAAAGCGGACUACGUUAAGGCAGCAAAGAUGCUACUAGUGACGGAUCUGAUAUUUGGCUAUGAUGGUACGAAUUCCAGAAUUCCGGAUUGGCUCUGGGUGCUUUUGGAGGACACAACAGCAUGGGAGGAAUUCCCAUGGGGCAGCAUGUCAUUUCAGAUGACAAUUCAUGCAAUCAACAAGGUGAGAAGCACUCCAGCAGCAAAUGCAUCAUAUCAUCUAACCGGGAACACUCUUGCCUUCUUGGCUUGGAUGUAUUGUGCUCUCCCAAAGCUGGGAAAGGAUAUCGGAGAAAGAAAACCCUCAAAAGUAUUCCCUCGGAUGCUGAGGUUCACCUACACUAACAAUCGCAGGAGACCGGAAGCUGGCGAACAGGUUCAUUUUUCACUGAAACCAACAGAAGAGGAAAAGCAACAUAAACACUGGGCAUCUAUUGAAGAAGAAGGAACACCAUUCAUUUUGCAGUACAGUCCCACUGCGGAUGGCAGCAAGAAGAGAGCAAAGAAAAUGGCCGCGAGGUAUGAGGGGGUCAGAUGA